ACAAAAAAUUGAAACUAAAACCAACUUUUCGUGAAAGUGAAACUUUUUGCGCGCAAGAGUUCUCUCCAGUCUCCCCCGACGGCGGCGACGGCGAACCAGUGAACGCCGGUGAGCCAGCGGCGCAACUCUUCCGUCAAUCUCCCUGCAGCAGAGGUUCCAGCCGUACCCCAACGUCGCUGUUACCCAAACCCCUUUUCUCUCUGCUAAUUUGGGAGCUAGCUACCCAUCACCAUGAUUCGUCGACCUUCAAUCUCUGCUACCACUGUGCCCAUUCUCUCAGAAUCAUUCUCCAACACAACCUUCUCACAGAAAAAAUCACCUUCCUUUUCAUCUUCUUCUUCUUCUUCCCUAGUCACUAUACAUGAUUCUCAAUCCAAACCCAUUUCAAGUCCCUUUUACAAUCUCCUCCCACCUACCCAGAACCCCCAUAACAUAGUAAACCUCAUUUCUUCACUCCUCAAACAGAAAAGUUUCCAUCUUUCCCUUUUUCAAAAUGACAUCAAAGGCAUUCUCCCUCACAUGGGUACCCAUGAAAUUUCUAGGGUUUUGCUCAGGUGCCAAUCUGAUCACUCUUCAGCUCUCACAUUUUUCAAUUGGGUUAAGAAUGAUUUGGGUGUUAAACCAGCUGUGCAGAACUAUUGUGUAAUUGUUCACAUACUUGCUUGGUCUAGAGUGUUCUCUAAGGCCAUGAAGUUGUUGUGUGAAUUGAUACACCUGGUUGAGGUUGAGGGUGUUUUUUCAAAUGUGGAUAUUUAUCAGAAUUUGGUUUUGAGUACUGAGGAUUGUAAUUGGAAUCCUGCAAUAUUUGAUAUGCUUAUCAAGGCUUAUGUGAAGGUUGGUAUGGUUGAGAAGGGUUUGGUAACUUUUAGGAAGAAUAUUGAGGCUUGUUUUAUUCCCAAUGUGGUAGCUUGCAAUUGUUUGCUGAGUGGUUUGUCUAAGUUUAAUUAUAUUGAUCAGUGCUGGGAAGUUUAUGAAGAGAUGGGAAGACUUGGAAUUCACAGGAAUGCUUUUACUUUCAACAUUUUAACCAAUGUUUUGUGUAAAUACGGAGAUACGGAUAAGGUUAAUGGAUUCUUGGAGAAAAUGGAGGAAGAAGGAUUUGAACCUGACUUGGUGACAUAUAACACACUCAUUAAUAGCUAUUGUAAGAAAAGAAGGUUGGAGGAUGCGUUUUAUUUAUACAAGAUCAUGUACAUUAGAGGUGUGACGCCUAAUUUGAUUUCACACUCAGCCUUGAUGAAUGGUCUUUGUGAAGAAGGGAAAAUCAAGGAGGCUCAUCAACUUUUUAACCAGAUGGUUCAGAGAGGGAUAGAUCCAGAUGUUGUGUCGUAUAAUACUCUUAUAUCUGGUUAUUGCAGAGAAGGUAAGGUGCAGAUGUCUAGAUCGCUAUUGCGUGAAAUGAUAGGAAGUGGAAUUCGUCCUGACAGUGUCACUUGUAGGCUUAUUGUUCAAGGAUAUGCAAGGGAUGGAAAGCUACUCUCAGCCUUGAAUUUGGUUGUGGAGCUUCAGAAAUUUGGAAUUAAGAUUCCUGAAAAUUUAUAUGAUUAUCUCAUAGUUGCAUUGUGCAAAGAAGGUCGACCAUUUGCUGCUAGAAGUUUUCUGAUAAGGAUAUCUCAGGAUGGCUAUGUGCCUGAAAUCAGUACUUUCAAUAGCCUGGUUGAGUCUCUAUGUAAAUUCAAUAAUGUGGAAGAGGCACUAAUUGUGAAAUCUGAGAUGCUAAAGAAUAGUAUGAGGCUGAGUCUCACUGCCUAUAGAGCUAUUAUAAGCGGCUUGUGUAGAGUAAACAGGACUCUGGAAGCUGAAGCCUUGUUGGAGGAAAUGGUUAGCUUAGGUAUUCUACCUGAUCUAGAAACUAAGAGGGCAUUAAUAAAUGGAUAUUGUAAAGAAAAUAAUGUUGAUAGAGCUGAGUCAUUAUUGAAAUUCUUUGCCAAGGAGUUUCAACUUUACGACACUGAAAGCUACAAUUCAGUUGUUAAAGUCUUUUGUGAGGUUGGUGAUGUGGCAGAGCUGAUGGAGCUUCAGGAUAGGCUACUCAAGGUGGGGUAUGUUCCAAAUAGUUUAACAUGCAAGUACGUGAUUUGCGGAUUGCAGAAAGUUAUGGAACUAGAUGAUGAGAUAUUGAGACACAACAUGCUAGAACCUUGAAAAAUAACACACUUCCAAUCUAAGACUGUAUCCAACAUCUCACCUACGCAGAAUACCUGAGCAUGGCAUACUUGAGUAUCAAAUAAGUUCAUGGGCAUAAGAGGAUCGCUAGUAUGUCAAGGAUUUCUCUCAUCAUUGAUGCCAUGCUUUAUUUGGCUGAAGGUGAGCUAAACUGGAAACAACUGAAGAGGGCUCAUCCGUCACUAUUGAAUCAUAGAAUGACCACUCUUAUCCAUAUGAGUCCAUGCUGGUUUUUAAGCUUCUAAUGGGAUGCCUUAAGUACCUUCUACACGAAACCACUGAAGAAGUUAGUAUUUGUUGUAGAACAUGUGGUGGAGGCAUAUAUAGUGGUACUGAAAUCUCUGGCUGGAUAGAAAUUGUUGAUUACUGAGGCUCAACUAUGUGCUGUUCAAUUUCUGGGUACAAUUCUUUUUCUGUUCGUGUGUCUGCAACGGAACCGUGGUGGUCAUGAGCCCAUAUUUGAACUCUUAAGGCGCUUGAUGUCUGUACAGAAAUAUCUUGGGUUGCAUGGGAGCCUGGUUUGUCAUCAACUAUAAUAACAUUAUUAUUCACAAUCCUUGUUCAGUCAGAACUUGAAGAUGAACACAUUGCUAUAUUGAAACUUAAUCCUGAAGUGGAAAUAUGAUAAUGUUACUGAUGCAGAUGAUGCUAUCACCAGAACUAUAUCCUCUCCGUUUGAAGAGAUUUUGUUUCUACUUCCGGUUGUCAGUCUCAUGUGAUCUGCUUCCAAAUCUGUAAAAGGACUGGCUACCGAUUUUCUUUUUCACUUAGAGAAGCUUUUUCAAGACCAAGACAUAAACCAGUCAUCGAGGGUUAAGCAACUUAUUGCAGCGCUGAGGUGGAUGGUCGAGGAGAUGCAGUCCAUAAGGAUAAGGUGCCCUAGGUACUAGUUGUGUGAAGAUCCAAUGGUCAUUCCUAUUUCCCUGAUAUACAUCUGUAUAUAUAUUGCAAUCCCUAUUUCCUUUGUAUACAUCUGUAGGUAAGUUCUAAUAACUUCUGUAGUCAAGUAAGAGUGGCACUUCCACAAUUAGGAUGCAGCUCAGUGGUGGAGGAGGGUUUAGUUUACGGUAGAAUCCGUUGUCAAUUGUAAAUAAAUGAAGUAGAUGUUUUUUUUUGUUAGGUUUGAGAGAUCCAUGGUUUGGAUGGGUGGUUGUGAAAACUGUCUGGAUGAAAUGUUUUACAAUGUUAACCAAUAUAAUUUGAAAAUUGAAACUAA